UUGACAUUACACCAAAGAUUAUAAAAUCGUCAAUCACAAAUUACACGUCGUAUUACAAUAGUAUUGAUUUUUCAUUUGCCAGCUAUAAGUUUCAUUAUAAUCUCUAUUGGUUUCGUAAAAAAAUCCUAGAAUGAGUUCGUUUCGACGUGAUAAAAAGGAAGAAGAAGAUGGUGGGGCAAGUGUUUUCCAGAAUCUUGAUAAAACUACGUUGUUACAAGAAUGUCGUUAUUUCAACUCUACCCCGGUGAAUCCAAGGAAAUGCAUUCAUAUUUUAACAAAAAUAAUUUUCUUACUAAAUCAAGGAGAAAAACUUACUACUCAAGAAGCUACUGACAUGUUUUUCGCUACAACUAAACUGUUUCAGUCCAAGGAUGUUGUGCUACGCCGUUUAGUUUACUUGUGCAUUAAAGAAUUAAGUUCAAUGGCACAAGAUGUGAUAAUCGUAACAUCGUCUCUAACUAAAGACAUGACAGGAAAGGAGGAUUUGUAUAGAGCUGCAGCUAUCCGUGCACUUUGUAGCAUUACAGAUAGUAGUAUGUUACAAGCUAUAGAACGGUAUAUGAAACAGGCCAUAGUUGAUAAAAAUCCUGCAGUUAGUUCAGCUGCUCUUGUAUCUGCUCUACAUUUAUCUGCAACAGUUCCUGAUUUAGUUCGCCGUUGGGUCAAUGAUGCACAGGAAGCUAUUAUGUCAGACAACAUAAUGGUUUCAUACCAUGCCCUAGGAGUAGUAGCAGGCGCAAGACGCAAUGACCGUUUAUCAACAGUGAAACUUGUUACAAAACUUGCCCGUUCUCCUUUGCGUUCACCAUAUGCAAUGUGUUUGUUAGUACGACUUGCUGCCAAAUUAGCUGAAGAAGACCAAACUGAUUCAUCAGAGCCCUAUUUAGAAUUCAUUGAGUCAUGUUUACGUCACAAAUCAGAAAUUGUGGUGUAUGAAGCAGCUCAUGCCAUAGUUAAUUUAAGAAAAUCUGCUCGAGAUCUAGCACAGGCUGUUAGUGUUUUACAGAUUUUUUGUGGAUCAUCAAAGGCUACUUUACGGCUUGCUGGUGCUCGUACUUUAGCACAACUAACAGCAAAACAUCCAAAUGCUGUUGCCGCUUGUGCUGUUGACUUGGAAAACUUGAUAUCAGACCCUAAUCGCUCUGUUGCUACAUUAGCUGUUACAACUCUUCUUGCAACUGGAGCAGAAAGUUCAAUUGAUCGCUUAAUGAAGCAAAUCUCUACCUUUAUGUCUGAAAUAUCUGAUGAAUUCAAAAUAGUAGUUGUUCGUGCGAUUAGGCGCCUUUGCUCUAAAUAUCCAAGGAAACAUCAAUCACUUGCAUCGUUUUUGGCUGGAAUGCUACGUGAGGAGGGUGGCGUGGAAUACAAGACAGCUAUUGCAGAUACUAUAAUUGCUUUAGUGGAGGAAAAUCCUGAUGCCAAAGAAACAGGCCUGGCACAUCUUUGCGAAUUUAUCGAAGAUUGUGAGCAUACAUCCUUGGCAGUUCGAAUAUUACAUGUCUUAGGGCGUGAAGGUCCUAAAGCUCGCCAACCAUCACGAUAUAUCAGGUACAUUUACAAUAGAGUUAUAUUAGAAUCUGGACCUGUUCGUGCAGCUGCUGUGUCUGCUGUUGCUCGGUUUGGAGCUACUCGUGAAGAAUUACUGCCGAAUAUCAGGGUUCUUUUAUCCCGAUGUCAAUUAGAUGAUGAUGACGAAGUUCGUGAUCGAGCAAUAUUUUACAGUGCCAUUCUGGAUUCUAAUGACAAACAACUGAUUGACGAAUACAUUAUAAAUGUGCCAAUGCAUAAUCCUGUUCUAUUAGAGAAAGCUCUCAGUGAUCACAUUUUGAUACAACCUGAUGAGCCUUUUGACAUCUCAACUGUACCAGCUACAGAGGAACAAAAUGAGAAUGAAGAUACUCCCUUACAAGUCGAAAUUUCGAAUCAGCCAAUUGCCUCUCGUGAAGAAAUUUACUCAGAACAAUUGAAAAUUGUACCUGGUAUUGAAAAACUUGGACCUAUUUUCAAAACAUGUGAGGCAAUUGACCUGACGGAACCUGAAACUGAAUAUCGUGUACGCUGCGUGAAACAUAUAUUUACCCGUCAUUUGAUAUUGCAGUUUGAAUGUUUGAAUACACUCAAUGAUCAAUUCCUGGAAAAGGUACAUAUUCGUCUUGAUGUUGCUCCUGGUUAUACAAUCCUCACCGAAGUUGCAUGUGAAAAAUUGCCAUAUGAUGUGCAAGGUAGCGUAUUUUGCGUUUUGCAAUUUCCAGCAAACCCUAUAGAAACUUUAGGAACUAUUGGAGCUACUUUGGAGUUUGUAGUACGAGACUGUGAUUCAACAACAGGUUUGCCAGAUUCUGGAGAGGGCUAUGCUGAUACAUAUCCUUUAGAAGAGGUUGAAAUCGGAUGUGCUGAUCAAUUUCGCACACGCGCUGCAACUGAUGAAUGGGAAGCUUCCUGGGAAAGAGGAGCGACAGCACCCGAAGCUUGUGACACUUUUGGUUUGUCCAAAAACGAUGUCAAUGAAGCUGCAAUUGCUGUUUGCGAACAUUUGGGUCUACCAAAAUCAGCUAUUGCAACUUGUGAACACUUAGGAUUAACAAAAGCAGCAGGAGGAGAUGCUGUAAAAGAAAUUCGUGGUGGUGGUUUAUGGAGAGAAGGUACUCCAAUGUUGGUUCGAGCUCGUUUAGUUGCUGCCCAAGGAGCUGUUACAAUGCAAUUGACGGUUCGUUCUCCUCGAGAAGAUAUUGCCACAUUAAUACUGGCUGCCGUUAGUUAAAUGUAUUAAUUUUAAAA